AUGGUUCCUGGUAUUGAGGACUCUCCUGACCCUCUUCUUCAGUUCCGCGUGUUCUUCUACCGCGACGCUCAACCUCGUGUCGCUGAGGCGCCGUAUCAGGUCAGCGACAACAUCGCUAGCAGGGAUCUGUGGACGAGGAUUAUGGGUGAGCAGGAGAAGAAAAAUGCUCGCUACAAUACAGCCAAGGGUCUUCGCCGCGUCAAGUUCCCGAGAUCAAGAGCAAGUGUUUGGCGCAGGUGUAAAACAUCUCGGAGGAUUAUGCGCAAGGCAUUUAUGAUCUUCUGGGUCAACAUCAGGUCGAGUUCCCCAAAGUCAAGGGAAUGA